AUGGACGAUCUAAAUAAUGUAAAACAUGAUAAUAGAAAUGACCACAUACAUCCUUCAGCUUACGGUUACAACCAUUAUGCAGUUAAAUAUGCUCAUGUUUCUAACAAACCACAUUCCAAAAAGACGCACGAAGAAAUAGAUCUAUCGGGUUUUCAAAAAUAUAUCACUCAACAAGUUAACGAUUCUUAUAAGGAUAGCAAUGUGUAUCAAUCUAAUUUGAAUAAUAACAUAUCAAUAUGGUUACAAGAGUUAACUACGGCUUUGGGUGGGUUAAAGCAGCUUUAUGGCAUAGAAGUGACUUCAACACCGACUACGACAGAACAGAUUACAAAGAAUGUGAAGGAACAUUUUGAAAGUGAAUUUUAUCUUGGUGGUACUGCUGAAAUUGAGACAGUAUUGUCAGAAAUAAAAGAAAAGGCUUUGCAGAUAAUGCUACAGCAGAUACCAUCAGCGGCCGAUAUUAUUAGUAACGCUGUAACUGAAACAACUUUCGAUAUGGCCUCGAUGAUAAGCACUCCCAGGAGUCAUGGUCAACAUUUGAAUAUUCCUCAUAAUCGCAAUAUGCGAUCAAUUUAUUACCAUGCAGCGACACUGGCUCAUCAGCUAGAAUGUGACCUACAGGAAAAAUGUAAAAAUGCAUAUUAUAAAAUGAAACAUAAAAUAUCUCAUGACUUAGAAGAAGAAAUAAUACAUAGCAAAAAUGCGAUAAAAGAAGCUCUAAACAAACUGCAAAAAUCGCAACUUCACAAUACAAUGAAAAAUAAGGGUAUAGUCGAUAAAACAACGCUAUCGACUAAAAUGUUACCAAUUGUGAAAACAAGAGAGUCCCCAAAUUAUAAGUCCCAAAAGAAAAAUCCGAAAAAAAAGUUAUUUACUAAAAGAACUACUACAGUUAAUAAGUCAAAAGCACAUGUUAUACCGAAAGUUACUGAUGACUACUCUAUGUUGUCCGUAUAUGAAAAAUUAUUAUUGAAAUCCCACGAUAAUGAUGUUAUGAAGCAGUUAACUACACAUAACGUACCCAUGAAUGAUUAUAAAUUAGAAGAAAAGAUCUCAAAACGGAAUCACGAAUCACUUGAGAAUAUAAAUUUAAAAAGAAGUGUCCAAAAACUAUAUGAUGACGAUCAGAUGCCAGAUGUAGUCGACUAUAACGAAGAAAAUAACGCAACUUCCGAUAGUGGGGCUACACGUAACGUCGCUAUAUCAAAAAAAGUACAUACUUCUACAAAUGAUGAAAUAAGUUACAAUACACUGAGUAAUAAAAUUUCUUAUAACGACUACGUGAAUGGAUUUAAAUACUAUUUAAAUUUUCAGAAAGAUCAGGAAAACCAAAACUUUUCUAAUCUAGUUCGCUACCAAGCGCACAGACAUCAUAGUGUAGACGAUGUAGGCAAAUACAUAUUAGAGAAGCUUCCAAAGCUACCGACUACAAGGAAAAAACGUUACUUAUUUGAACAAGAAACGUUAGAAGAUCAAGAUAUAUCCACAAAGAGUGACGAUUCGUGGUUUAAAAAACAUUUUUACGUGUUCAUUGAUAAAGAUCCUCCAAAAAAGUUUCACACUGCUCAGACGGUAUCGCUGAAAGAAGAUCGGACAUAUGCAACGAAAAAUGGUUACGUAGAUGUCAACUUAGUUCAUAAACCAACCGGGGUUAUCAAGUUAAAAAGUAAUAAAGACAAGGGUAAUAAGAAGCGAAAGUAUAAGAAUUUCUUCAAAAAAAUUAGCUUUCAUUCAAAGAAUCCAAAGAAAUAUUCGAAACGAAAUUUACCUACCCGAAAACGGCGCUCAAAUCCAUUCAAGGUCUUGAAAGAUAUCGUUUUCAGAAACCGUUACACAGAUUCAGAUAAUAAGGUGCGAAAAUUGUUUGAUUACGACAUAGUAGCAUCUAGCUUUAAUCCGAACUGUAAAUAUAUAGAUGUAAACCGUAAUACACAACUGCCAAACAUUGAUGCCAUGUUGAGGCAAAUACCAAACAUUACAAGCAAUUUGGAAUCAUUACUCGAUUAUGGCUAUACGAGACAUUACGUAUCUAAUAAUUUACCCACUAGAAAAUAUGUUCACAAUAAAGGACUGUACUAUACGAAACCGGGAAAAUAUUACGUAUCAAAUGACAAAAUAGAUUUAACUGACAAAGAAAUGACGGCGGAAACGCAGAACUACGACUAUCCCAAUUAUUAUUUCAACAAAUCCAGAGUUGACGAUAUAAUAAAUAUUCGAAUAAAAACUGCGGAUCAAAUAAAUAUCAAACCGCUAAAGACUACAAAAGUAACAAAUAUAAGAUAUGAAGCAACACAAAACAGAAUGGACCCAUUGCUAGAAAGUUUACUUGGAGGCCAAACACCUAAAACAACGAAGUUACUGAAGACCACCCAGUUCCCUGGUUAUUAUUUGGUGAGCGAUGGAAACUUGCAAAUAUCACAGUCAGGCAGGGGAAAGCCUGUAAAGGAAAAAGCAAAAAAUAAAAAAUCGUACUUAGAAUAUAAUAGGCCAUCUAUAAAAGUGAUUGAUAGUCUCGGUAAACUAUAUAAUUAUAAAGUAAUUCAUAACGGUAAGGAGAAAGAGCAAUAUAGAAGGAAUGAAAAUUUUAUUUCAAGAGCUAGUCACAAAUACCAUUUGUCUAAAACGCACAACUCUGAGAAAAAAUCUAAAAAUAUUGACAAAACAGUUAAACCUACAACAAGUGAUAAGAAGAAAGUUGUUGAUCAAAGCCAAAAUCGGAAUCAAGUUGAAAAUAUGAAGCAAUUGAAUGGUAAUUUUAUUCGAAAGAGCCUAAGAAGAAGAUUAGUUCAUUCAAAGCCCCGGAUCAUUACUUCUUCGACACCAUUACCAAUGUCAUCAAAUGAGUUUAAUAAGUUCCUGGAAGAAAAUCAGAUUGAUGUUCAGUCAGUGACAUCGCCAUUGCCUAAUUUUAUUCCUUUCUCUACACAAGUUCCCUCUAAUAGAGUAAAGCCCGUACAUUAUGGACCUGAAUAUCGGAAACAAACUACACAUAAUAUGAAAAAUACUCCGAGUAGGUCUAAUGGAAAUUUUGCAUAUGACUAUACUUAUUAUCCAAAGGAAGGGAAAAGAAAACGAAGAGGAAACGGUCGCCUUUUACAGAGUGACGAUCUAUUUAAAGGGAGAGGUUCCAAUUUUCAAACAUUUACUGCAAAAGAUGUAGCAGCUUUAGAAAUAAUUAUCGAUUUACGUAAACAUAACCAAGAAUAUAACGAAAAAGAAACUCAAAAUGUAUCCUUAGACAGAAAUGCUAAAUUAAUAUAUGAACAAGACGAUAAACAAAAAGUAACGAAUUCUAUUCAAGUCCAUAUUGCAUUGCCUGACAAUGCUGAUAAUUUUAAGAGGUCGCCGGAAUCAGUACAAGUUAAAAAAGUUUUUUCUGCGAUAAUGGCUUCACCGAUUGACAUAGCAUAUCAGCUGCAUGCAUUUGAAAAAAGUACCGUACUGACCCCUACGACAAUUGGUGACAGUAAACUGUCUCCAGGCUUAUACUUGUUAGUCGAAAAAGACAAUGCGUCUUAUCCCGAAGAACAAUUGAUAUUAAAACCUAUUAAAAUGAAAAAGAAUCCAAGUUUGUCCGUGCAAACAGCAGGAAAUAUGUCGGAUUUUAUUGAUCCAACUGUCGAUGACGUACUUGAUUCGACUAUGACAAGUGAAUAUGAAAACUAUGUCAAUGGAAAAAGUGAACAUAAAAGAAGCAUUAGUUGGGAUUCAAUCAAAAAGUUCUUCGGCCAUGAUAGGGUUUGUAACUGUCGUUGUAAGGCAAAUCAAACAAUGUGCAAAGCAUGCGCAGCAAGUAAUGCCGUAAUUACAGAAUUAAUUUUUGAAUUUGAUAAUUUAGCCAAAUAUAUGAGAGACCACUGUACAGAGAUUCAAACUUUUUUCUGGAUGAACCCGACAGGUGGAAAAAAAUUAAGGGAAGUCGUAAACAAGAUAAAUAAAUCUUUGAACGAUUACUAUAAAAGGGUCAAAGGCAAGUGUCAAGGAAGGACAUGUAAAAUGUUUUCUUCAGGUGUUGACAAAAGAAGCUCUGCACAACAAUUUCAUAAAAUUAGGAAUAAGUUUGAAAUAAACACAUUCUUAACUGCAUUGUCUAAAUUAUCGGAUGAUUUGGACUAUGUGCUUACGUUAGGAUUGUUAGACGAAGGCAUUCAAAAUAGUGGAUACUUAGUUCAGAAGAUUUUUGAUCAGUGUUUAUCUCAAAGUAGAUCCCGUAGAUCUUUCAUGGAUCAACAUAAGAAAUGUAAGCCGUCUAGUUCUUACUCUCUCGAAAAUAUAAAUAUAAAUUUACUAUGCAGUUCCAAUACAGUCAAGACAACAACUAGUAAUUAUAAUCAUGAUAUGCAAGACUAUACAAACAGGGAUAAUAUAACACCUAUAAAAGAAAUAUAUUCUAACUAUUUAGAUGGAAAGAAAUUGGAUCAAAGAAAUGAGAAAAAGAAAACGCUGAAAGAUUUUAUCAAACGACGUUUUAAGCAAAAACAAAGCCAAAUAUUUUCUGCAAAGCACGUACAACCUCGAUACAAGAGAAAAACAUUUUCAAAACCUAUCGUCAAUGUCUUGCUACUAAAUAAUAGGUCGAACAAAACUAAAACAGAAUUAAAUACAAAGCUUUUGAAACACCAAAGUACUAGGGAAAUUAAGGAAAUGGAAAAAACUAACGACAAAUCUUAA